AUGGUGUUCGACGACUACUUCAGCCGCCGCAUCGUGCCCCUUCAAGAACAGCCCCGCGGCGCGUGGGCCUACACUGGGUACAACGACCAGAUGCGCACCUAUGUGGGGAUUGGUGCGAGAAAGACGCGCGGGCUAUGCGACCGCGACCGGGAGAGUAUCCUAGCCGUGAUGAUGGCGGUCGGCGAGGCUAGAGGUCGGUCCCACGGGGGCGCCGCUGGGGGCGGCGGUGGCAACGGCGCUGGGAGCAGCUGUUCGGCAGCAGGUGGCAGUCGGGCCGGCGGUUCCGGCGGUGGCGGCAGCUUCAGGGCGCCUGGCCCGAGCCAUGGGGUGGGAAAAGGCCCGGCCACCGACGCGAAAGGGAAGCGGAAGGUUUCUGGGUCCGAGCCGCCUUCCCCUCCACACGGCGGCGUCGCCGAGCACACAGUCGACCGGCCACCGACCAGCCACAAGCGUCCCGCCGCGGCGGAGCCGAAGCGGAAGAAGAAGAGGCUUUUGAAGAUAGGGCAAACGGAGCCGUGCCAGCGGAGCUUCAUCGAGCCCCCGGAGUAG